AUGGGUGGGGCCAAAACAAAGGGCAGGACAAGGAGCCAUGAUGGGAGACAGCUUCCACGAGCAGUUAAAGGCAGACAGCUGGUUCCUGAAGUCAAACCGGCGCCUGGACACCGAGCUGGUGGAUAAAAUCAUUCUGCAGCUGAACAGAAUCUACCCUCAGAUCCUCACUGACAAGGAGGCAACCAAGUUCAGAGAUCUGGACGUACCCACGUGUAUGCGACUGUCCGAGCUUCUCACACACCUGCAGGAGAAAGGGGAGGAAGCGUGCCGAGAGUUUUACCGUGCGCUUCACCUGCAUGUGGAGGAGGUGUAUUUCAGCCUUCCUACACGCCUCCGCCACCGCCGGGAAUCUGCUGAUCCGAUCCUGAGACCUGCCUCCAGACCUGCUGAGAGACACACGUUAAACCAACAGGGUCCUCUGUUUUUUCUCAGCUGUUUCAGUGCGGCUGUAGGAGCAGCGUUACUGUAUUAUUACGGAGAUGUGAAGGCAGCGUCGGGUUCGAGCAGCACUCUGGGCUUCGCUGCUCUGAGGAUCGGGAGGAAGAUCCGUGAGGUUCUGAUCUGGUACACAGAUGAUGGUCUGGGUCGAUAACCUCUCACUAAUCACACUAACAUGACGCUCCGCUUGCCUGCUCACACACGGCAGGGUUAAAGUGCCUUACGUUUUAUUAUUUUUUUUUUUAAAGGAUUGUGUACAUACUGUAAAUGACACGAGAGAACAAACCCACAGCUGUUUAAAUCGUUUCUCCUUUUGCUUAAGGUUUAAUAUUUUCCACUACAAAGUCAGAUCUGUGUGAGUGAGUGUGAGUGAGUGAGUGAGUGUGUGUGUGUUUACACUGACAGCCUCUGGAAAUGGUUUAAUGUUAGAGCUGAGGAAGCACUGCGUCUCUCCACCAUGGGACCGAACCUGUCAGAGCCUUACAGAAGUGUGUGUAUUCCCCGGGACGUCCAUCUGCACUAAUCUGAUGUGUAAAUGUGUUGGUGUUAAAGGCACAGAGAAGCUGACGAAGCUCCAGAAUGAGCUGCUGCUGUGGAAAUGUGACGUAAUCAGACCGACAUGAUCAAAAUAUCAGUGUGUUUUAUCGUAGAAGCUUUAAACGGUCGCUUUAAACAUGAGCACUAGCUGAUCUACACUCCAGGUGUGUUAGUGACCCUGCGUUCACUGGCACUGUUACAUAAACACACCUCAUGCUCCACUGGGACCAGUGUGAGUGUAGAGACGUCCUGUGUAGAGGUGGGGAUGUGGUAGCUCAGUGGUUAAGGUGUUGGGCUACUGAUUGGAAGGUCAUGAGUUCAAACCCCAGGUCCACCAAGCUGCCACUGCUGGGCCCCUGAGCAAGGCCCUUAACCCUCAGUUGCUCAGUUGUAAGUCACUCUGGAUAAGGUGCUAAGUCUGCUAAAUGCUGUAAAUGUAAAUGUCCUACAACACAGAGACGCUGUUUGGAUCUUAAUCUUCAGCCGCAGCCACGUUACAGACUCUGAGCUUGUUAAAGUGAACGCGGCCUCAGGUGUCUACAGUAAACCAUCAUCAGGGGCAACCACACGGGGGCGCCAUCAGGGCACUUUUAACUUACAACCACACUAAAACGGUGUGUGCUUUAGAAUAGACUUUAUAAAACAAAGGUGUUCCAGCUAGAACACUAACACGGCCAUCUUAAUGUCAUCAGAGCAGAGAUGCAGCGCUUCAUUACUGCAGACUGGACUGGAGGCAUUUUAUCAAGUUGGAGCUUUUACGUAAACCUUUAUAUUUUUAGAAACCUUUAUUCUGACUCUAAUGCAUUUCGGUUCAAUGCUAAAGCUGUAUACAGCAGUCACACGGUGUGACACGGUGCCUUGUGAGAGAAAACAAUAAACCAUCCAAACAUCUGUGUUUUAGAAUUUUUAUGUUUUUAAAGACUUUUAGUAAAAAAAAGAGAAACUACAAAGUGUUGUAACAAUCAUAUUAAAGUAAAUACAAUAAAGUGUA